GUGGCCGUGCUGCUGCGCCAGCAUCUCUAGCCAGUGGUGGGACAUCGAUUGAAAACACACACACAUCGAAACGGUCAACUGUUGCUUGUCUGCAGUCGGACGGCAGCUGCUAUCGAUUCAGAAUCAACAGUCCUGGGAGGUGGGAGGGGUUGAGCUUUUGCCGAGUGGUCAUAGUUUUCUUGGAUUGGAGCCUAAAUAGUUAAUUGAAAAUGCGCUUCGUCCGUUUUCUCACCCAAGCUCGGAGCACGCUCAGCCGUUACCUGGCCGACGGGUCGACGGUAGCCUGGCAGGCUCCCCGCGUUGACGAGCUGCGCAAGCUGCACGUCGUCAUUGGCAACGAGUCGUGCGAUCUGGACUCGGCUGUCUCGGCCCUGACACUGGCCUUCAUUUACGCGGAGCGUAACCAGGAUCACGACUAUGUGCCCGUGCUGAACAUUCCACGCAGGGACUACCUGCUGAAGACAGAGGUGGGCCAUAUGCUGACCAAGUGCGGCAUUGCCGAGGCCAUGCUGCUCUUCCGCGACGACUUGCCGAGCCAAUUCACCAAGGAUGUCAGCGUGGUGCUCGUUGACCAUCAUGUGAGUGAGCUGGCGCCACAUGUGGUGGAGAUUCUCGACCAUAGACCCAUCGAUGGCGGCAAUCCCAAAUACAUGCUGCUGCCCCAGAGGUGUGUGCGCAGCAUUGAGCCCGACAUCGGCUCCUGCGCCACCCUCGUCGGCCAGCGCUACUUGGCCGCGGAGCAGCCACGGUCGCCCAUCGUCGCCCAGCUACUGCGCGCCACCAUAGUCCUGGACACAGUCAACUUCUCGGCCACGGCCAAGCGCUUCUCGCCCACCGACCUGGCCAUGGUGGAGCAGAUGGAGAAGGAGCUUAGCCCAGAGGGAGGCCAGUCAGUUGUUGGGGAUCGCACUGAGCUUUUCAAUGAGCUGGUGGCGGCUCGCGCCGACAUAAGCAAGCUGACACUCACCGAGGUCUUGCGCAAGGACAUGAAAAUGAUUCAGACCGAGCGUCAGAGGGUGCCCAUGGCCGGAAUGCCCAUCCUCAUAAGGGACUUCAUCGAGCUGAGUGGCGCCGAGAAGGCGGUGCGCGAGUUUGGGAUCGACAGCAACCUGCUGGUUAUGCUCGGCAUGUACGUCUCCCCCGUGGAUGGCACGGUGCAGCGCGAUGUGGGCCUCAUCUCGUUGGCCGGCCAGAGCCAGCUGGUGGAGUGCGUCCGCCUGGCCAUGGUGGGGUGCCAGGAGCCCUCGCUGGAUCUCAGGGCCCACGACGUGGGCAGCCGCUUCAUGGGCGGCUGCUACCUCCGUCAGCACAAUCUCCGCGCCACACGCAAGCACAUUCAGCCCGUGGUCAAGCGGGCUCUGAUGGAGUGGGAGGAGAUCCAUGGCUUUGGCUGCAACGAGGUCUACUUCUUCAAGGAGAAGCCCAAGCUGGGCCUCUCCUAAGUCAAAGGCAGCACCCGAGAAGAGGAGGUUUAGCCAAUACUUAGCAAGGAUUCAAUGGGUGGGUGGCGAUGAUCGAUGCUCGAUAUGGAGUCUCCGUGGGAAGGAAUUCCAAAAAGUAGUUCCCUUUAGUUGUUUAAGUGAUCAUAUAUGUAUGUACAGGGCAUAUAUAUAUAUACAUAUGUAUGCAAGAAAUAAAUGUGUAUGAAUAAA